CUCGUGGUGCACAUCUCACCGGACUGGCUCGGAAACUAGACUCGCCAUUAUGAGAGCGGCAAAACAGGAGCUACUCUAGCUGAACUAGGGAGGUGCCUCCUGCACCGGAUUCCCGGGGUCACCCGCAACCGAAACCUUCUGGGUCUGGUGCACGGGAAGCCGCUCGCCUCGCCCGGUGUAAAAGACAGCCCAGCAGAGUCGCUACAGAGAUGGGGACGGCGCCAGGUGCAGGCUACUUCCAAAGGGGCAGUCUGUUCUGGUUCACCAUCAUCACCGUCUCCUUCUCCUACUACACGUGGGUUGUCUUCUGGCCUCAGAGUGUCCCUUAUCAGAGCCUUGGACCCCUGGGUCCCUUUACAAAGUACUUGGUGGACCACCAUCAUACCCUCCUAAGAAAUGGGUAUUGGCUUGCUUGGCUGAUUCAUGUGGGAGAGUCCUUAUAUGCCAUGGUAUUGUGCAAGAAUAAAGGAAUCACAGACGGCCAGGCCCAGCUCCUCUGGUUCCUACAGACUUUCUUCUUUGGCAUAGCUUCUCUUUCCAUCCUGAUCGCUUACAGACCAAAGCACAAAAAACACAAUUAAAGGAGAUAGCCAAGUUUCUUUUCCA